AUACUACAGUAUGUUGAUAAACUGGUGCCAAAAUACUUAACCAAGUGUAACUCCUUCCUCCAUAAAGUCUGAAGUCUUUUUUAGACUUCAGCCCCUCCGACAAUAUAACAGAAAUAACAGGAAAUUCUGACCCUCACUCUCCAUUUCAGAAUCAAAACCCAACAAUUUGGAACAAAUUCAGACACAAAAAGAGAAAAUGCAUUCCCUCAAAUUCAGUGUUACAUCGGACUUGGCAACGAAGAAGCCAUGGCCGAAUCGACUGAGUAGUAAUGCGGUUAGUAGCAAUACCGAAAGAAGCUUCAAGCUGAAGCUGAACAACAACAAGAAUAAGGUUUGGAGGUGUUGUCGGAUUGUAGCUUGUGCGGUUGAUCGAAAUGGGAGCGAGGCAGAAAGUCCGGGUUUGGUACCGGGUCAAGGUUCGGAGCCCGAUUUGGGGACAACCCAGAAGAGUUCUUCCCUUUCUAGGACCCAGAUUUAUGCUCUGCUCAAGCAGCAAAUGGAUGUCGCCGCUAAAUCUGAGGACUACAAAGAAGCUGCAAGAAUUCGAGAUUCAUUGAAAACGUUAGAAGAAGAUGAUCCUGUCCUGCGACUGAGAAGAUUGUUAAAAGAAGCCAUUGAGGAUGAGAGGUUUGAGGAUGCUGCUGGGUUUCGUGAUCAACUGAACGAAAUUGAUCCUCUUUCUCUCUUAAAAUGUUCAAGUGAUGCGACCACCUUGGGUAUCAGGGUUCAAGUUAGAAGUGUGUAUAUCAAAAGCCGUAGUGAUCCUUCAAGAGAUCUAUAUUUCUUUGCGUAUCGAAUAAGAAUCAGCAACAACUCUGAUCGUCCUGUUCAACUUCUUAGAAGGCAUUGGAUUAUCACCGAUGCAAAUGAAAACACGGAACACGUUAGGGGAAAUGGAGUUAUUGGUGAACAACCAGUGAUACUUCCUAAUAGCGGUUUUGAGUAUACAUCUGCUUGCCCAUUGAGUACCCCCAGUGGGAGAAUGGAAGGCGAAUUCGAGAUGAAGCAUGUCGAUCCAGUCGGUUCAACGACAUUCAAUGUAGCUAUUGCUCCCUUUUGUCUGUCAACAUCUGGAGACGGUGACAAUGACUUUUGAAGUGAAAAGAACACAUGUUUUUUCUUAUGUUAAAAGCAUAAUAUGUAGAUUGUGGUUAGCUAAUUCAUGAUAGCCCUUACUAAGCAACCAGCACUUAGGUGUUGAUCAUAAUUCAUAGAGAUUGUAAAUAGGACAAAAAGAAUAUGCUUACCAACAGUGCAUGUGUUUUUUAAAUAUCUUUACAUCUCCACAAAAUGUAAAAGUAGUAAGUGAAUUAUUGUUUCAAAAAUUGUGGACAAACUCUCCCUUUAGGUGGAGGUUGUGUUCUUAUACUAUUAAAAAAAACUUAUUACCCUCAAAUUUUUCAACUUG